CAAACUGCAGUAGCUUUCACAGUCAAAUUUUUAUCAUGCUGUCAUCAACAAUGCAGAUUUUUCUACUGUCUUAAUUGAUUGAAACCAUAAAUGGUGUUGAUUGUUUUGAAGUUCUACAAUUUUACUGACUGUUUACAAUAAACAAGCUGUUGAGAUAUGCAAGUAGGCGCCACUCAGUACAACAACUGGAUUCCCAAUGGGUGCCCGCCUGGUCUGGAGUACCUGGCUCAGAUUGACCAGGUGUUCAUCAAAAAACACGUGGAUAUGAGACCGGGAGGCACGACUGGCGCGAUCACUCACAAUAAAUAUGUACUCAUGAAUUCAGCUGGGCAACAUUUCUUCUGUGCCCGCGAGGAGUUCGAUGGAUGUGAGCGUAAUUGUUGCCCUACGACGAUGGGGUUCAUUCUGCAUGUUACAGAUAACAAUGGAUCAGAAGUACUCCGUUUCAGAAAAGAGUACUCUCAGUGUAAUACAGAAAUCUAUGUUGUAACUCCGACAGGCAAGCAACUUGGGAAAGUGGCCCAAAGCGAGGAAGGAACGUGUUGUGAUUAUCAAAUGAGAGUCCGAGACGAUCAAGGAAACUUCAUUCUAUUCAUUGAAACUUACGACGUCUUCAACUUUGAUUGGAACACACUCAUAACGUCAGCCGAGUUCAAAAUACUCAGUCCCGACAAAGUGCACACCGUCGGAGUCAUAAAAAGAGUGCGCCAAUCGACUUAUGAUGGAUAUGUCUCAAAUUUGGAGUUUUCUAUCCAUUUUCCAUUGGAUUUGGACGUGAAGGCCAAAGCAUUACUCAUCGGUGCAGCAUUUCUAUUAGACUUUCUGUUUUUCGAACAAACCGACCGCCGGUUCGAGGAUUGAUGGACUGUUGAAAUUGAUUAUACAAUGUCCGGUAGUGCAAAUAUCUGAAAAAAAAACUAGAAAAAAAAAAA